AUGGCUACUACAACUUAUUCCAAAUUCAACAAGAAGACCGAAGCCCUCGAGGUCGCAGAGGCAUUUGCUUCUAGGAUCCGUGGCAAGACUAUUAUAGUGACAGGUGUCAAUCGCGGUGGGAUCGGGUUCUCGACGGCCCAAGCGUUCGUAAGUUACCACGCCUGUGUGUCAUACACGUCGCCCAUAUUGACUGACCAGGCCUCUCAAUCGCCCUCCCUUCUCAUUAUCACCGGUCGCAACCCCAGCAAAAUCCAGGACUCUAUCAGCGCCCUCAGAGCUGAGUUCCCUGCUGUGAACUAUCGUGGCCUCUGCGUGGACCUCUCCAAUCAGCAAUCGGUUCGGAAUGCAGCUACCGAGGUCCUGAACUGGGCUGACGUGCCCAUGAUCAACAUUGUUGUCAACAGUGCCGGAAUAAUGGGCAUACAGGAACGCACAUUAAGCAAGGAUGGCAUCGAGCUGCACUUUGCAACCAACCACCUGGGACACUGGCUCCUCGCCUGUCUGAUCAUGCCAAAGCUGAUCAAAGCUGCCGAGAGCAACCCCAUUGGCGCCACACGGAUCGUCAACGUAAGCUCUGCUUCGCCUCAGGUGUCCGGUGUGCGUUGGAGUGACAUAAACUUCGACACAAAGAACAAAGACCUGCCAAAGGAAGAACAGCCUGACUAUCAGUGGUUCGCGAUGUGUGGAUGCCGGGACAUUGAAGAAGCCUCGUAUGUUCCUCUCGAUGGCUACAACCGUAGCAAGGUUGCAAAUGUGCUUUUCGGAAUCGCUGCAAACAAGCGGCUGUUCGAGAAGUACGGAAUCUUGACCCUGUCCUUACACCCGGGAGUCAUAGAGACUGAGCUGGGCCGGGACAUGUCGCCGGAAGAUCUGGAAGCAUUUGCUGACUUGAGAAAGAGCAUCUUCAAACCAAAGACGUUGGGCGCGGGAGCUUCUACUAGCUUGGUCGCCGCGUUGGACCCGAAGCUGGCUCACGGUGUCGGAAAAGAGAAAGACGGGAGUGAAAAUUGGGGAUCGUACCUGGAUAAUUGCCAGAUUAGUGGUAACGCUCACCCUCUUGCAGUGUCUAGUCAGGAGGCUGAGAAGCUCUGGGAUGUCUCUGAGCAAUUGGUCGGACAGACUUUCACAUGGUGA